AUGGCAAAACGGGUAACCCGCAGCUCUGCCGCUGCUGCUGUCGUGAAGAAAGAGCACCAUUCCCCUCCCAGACCCUCUCAUACGCCUCGAAAGCGAGCCGUCUCAGAGCAAGACGUCAAGGCGAGGAAGAAGGUCAAGACGGAGAACCAGAACGAGACAGGCAUGCUUAGCCCGAUUGCCUCGGACGACCUCUCUACGCGCGCCGCUUUUCCUACAAAGCCUCCCUCGAGCAAGGCCAAGACUGCUUCUGAUCUGCAAUCGAGGAAACUCAAAUCCUACGCACAGUUCGCCAACGAAUCUCCUUUCCCCGACUUCUCUCGUCCUACACCGGCAGAAUGCAAGCUGGCCCACCGUAUCCUUGCCUCGCUCCACGGUCCACGCACCCGGCCUAAAGAAAUCGUCGCAUCCACCACUCGAGCGGGCUGCGGAGACUCUCCGUCUGUUCUUGACGCGCUUGUCCGGACGAUCCUCUCACAAAAUACCAGCGAUGUCAACUCUACCCGGGCAAAGCUGAGCAUGGACAAGGUAUACGGGGGAAGUGACAAAUGGGACGCCAUUGUGGCAGGAGGCCAGGCGAAACUUCAAGAGGCAAUCAAAUGCGGCGGCCUGAGUGCAGUCAAGAGCAAGGUAAUCAUAAACAUCCUGAACCAAUCGUUCGAGAAGUAUGGGGAAUAUUCUCUGGACCACCUACACCAGGCAUCGAGCGAUGAUGCCAUGCAAGAAAUGUUGUCCUUCCAAGGCGUCGGGCCGAAAACAGCGAGUUGCGUCUUGCUAUUUUGUCUCCAGCGGGAGAGUUUUGCCGUCGACACUCAUGUCUGGCGCAUCACGGGAUUACUAGGAUGGCGGCCCAAGAAUGCUUCAAGAGAUGAAACACAUGCCCAUUUGGAUGCCAAGAUUCCAGACGAAGAUAAAUAUGGAUUACACAUAUUACUGGUCACGCACGGGAAGAGAUGUGAAGAGUGUAAAGCCGGUGGGAAGAACCUGGGCAAAUGCGAAUUGAGGAGAGCGUUUAGGGCUGGAAAGAUAGAAGGUGAAGCCGGAGAGGAUGUGAAAAAGGAGGAGAUUGAGGAAGUGAAGAAGGAAGAUCAGUAG